AUGGUCGCCGUGCUGCAGCUAUGUUUCCUUUCCUGCUUCUUUUGCGGCGACGUUUAUGUCGGCAGUUUUUUGUUUUAUUUUCAAUUUCUAGCUUUCCACGUCGAGGCUAUCAGUUUUGACCAACACUAUGCUUAUACUUUUGGUAACACAAUGAAAUUCAACCCCGCCGUCUCCAGCGAUUCUGGAAAGAACCGCAAGCAGCACUUUAAUGCUCCCUCUCAUGAAAGAAGACGCAUUAUGUCUGCACCGCUUACGAAGGAGCUUCGAGUGAAGCAUGGAAUCCGAUCCAUUCCCAUUCGUGUCGAUGAUGAGGUUAUCGUAAUGCGAGGACGCCAUCGUGGAAACACUGGACGUGUCAUCCGAUGCUACCGUAAGAAGUUCGUCAUUCACAUUGACAAGAUCACUCGUGAGAAGGGCAACGGAUCCACUGUGCACAUCGGAAUCCACCCUUCGAAGGUUGCGCUCACAAAGCUAAAGCUUGACAAGGAUCGUCGUGAUCUCGUUGAGAGGAAGGCCGCAGGACGCGCUAAGGCCCUUGGAGUGCUUAAGGGAAAGCAUACCGAUGAGAGCGUUGCUUAA